AUACGCUUUGUAAUGUGGAAUUUAUGUUUCACGUUACGUUGGCUACACUUUUGUACUGAAUAAAUCCAACCAAAAUCUUCCGAACAUGGCUAGUGGCAUUCGUUCCACUAAUUAGGGUGAGGGGAAUCCUUUAUUGUAGGCGGAUUGUGAUAGUGACGUAGAGUGACAAAACGUUAGUCGUCGGUCGUGGUCGUUCGUGUCCUGGACGCGUCUUUACAAGUGUGCUACCGCUGUUCCGACAUGCAACGUAUGAGAAGCUAUAGACAGCGCAUUGUAUGGUUAGCGAAUACGAUUCGUUAGUGACGUCGGACGAAUAUGCCGUGUAUGCUAUAUUUAUGAUGGCUUAUAAGCCUCCACCAGAGCUUAGAAAUAGAAUAGAAAGCAUUAAGAAAAAGUUUGAAAUUGUUGAACCAGCAAAAUCUCAUCAGUCUAUUAGUAAUACAAAAGUAUCGUGCACUGAUAUUGAUAAAAACCUUCAGUCAAAAUGCCGCAAUGCUGCACAGUUAACACUGUCCUCUCCUCUUGGUAUGGUGAAGGCUUUUUGUCCAGAAAAUGCAAGUUUUGAAAAACCUAAUGAUAAACUUAAAACAUGUUCUCAAUCUGGGAAGGGAAAUAUUCGUCGAACCCCUGCAUUUCGAUGUGAUAAACCGAGUCUGUCACACCAAACCUCCAAUCCAGAUAAGAAAAUGCGUACUGUUGUGAACACAGUGAAGUUGUUUGAAGACAGACACCAAUGUAAUAUGGAGAGAUCAUUGUCUCCUGAAGAAAAUGUUACAAAAAAUGGAAUUUUUCUUGGGAAAAAAGAUGAGUCAAAUGCUUUCAAGCUCCCUCCCAAAAUUGUAAAUGUUAAUUGUAAAAGUAAUGUAAAUGAAAAUUUGUUGGGUAAUGUUAAGGGGUUAGAUAAUAUAGAUUGUGUGUUGAAGAAAUUAUCAUCAGCCGAAAGAACUGGCAUUAGGGAGAGAUUAAAAAGUGACACAAAGGAGUCUAGAAAUGUAGCCUUAAAUGGUUCGAAAAAAAAACAAUUAAUGCAGCAAUUAGAUGAUAGCUCUACCCAAAGGAAAGAAAAUACAUUACCACAGAGUGAAGCAAAUAUUUCGAAGAAUGGAAAUAAAGAAAAACAAAAUGCAAAUGAUGAAGUGCGUAGUGAACAUAAUAGUAAGCUGACCUUUAGUUUAAGAGCAGCACUGAAGGCUCCCUUGCCUCCAGGACCUCCACCUAAAAAGCCACCUCGAACUUUUGUUCACAAUUCUCCAGAUGUGCGAGGUAAGCCUGUGUGUACCAGGUUAGCGCCCGAGAAAUCUAAAACAGAUCUCACCAGUUAUUCAAAAGGGUUGGAAAACAGAAAAAAAUCUCUGGAGAGGGCUACCACAGAACCUCGUAUUAUGCUCAAAAAGUUAGAAAAUGUUUUACUAAAACAUCAGCAAGGGAUUGGUAGUGUUGUCAUUACACCAAGAACUGGGGGAACUGAAACAAUGACUGAAAGACUGAAGAGUCCAAAAGGGGAUGAGAAAAGAGAAGAUUUUGUCAAACGUGCAACGAACAAUUUUGCAGAGUCUGAACUUGCUGACGCUAGUCGCUAUUCAAAAGAAGAUAAACAAAAUCCGCAGUAUGUAGAAAAAUUAUCUAGUGGAUGUUUUGAUUCUUUGAAUUGUGUGUCCAACGUUCCCAAACAUUUAUAUGAGAAACUAAAUGAAUCUCAAAGUGAGUUCUUUGUGGAGUCUCCUUUAUACCCGAGAAAGAAGAUAAGUGCUAGUUCUGAAAUUAAGAUUGUAAGUGAUCAGAAAAGAAAGACCUCGGCUAGUAAUGCUGUCAGUGGAGAACAUAUAUAUGCUGAGCCAUACGCAUGUAUAGAUGUGGAGGCAAUUCUAAAAGCUGAACUAUCUGUGCAAACUAAGCAGGAAGUAGCUAUGCAUAAUACGCAGGUUCAAAAUGCUCCUGAACAAAACCAUUCAACUCUUCAUUAUAUGUGUUCUCCUAUUAACCCUUUGGAUCGUAUGGAUGCUCUCGUAAAUUGCAACAAUGUUAAUACUGUGGGUAAUAGUAACGACAGUAGUAAUUCACAAGUUACAUUAUGUGAAAACAAGAACAAAAUUAAUGGUAGCGAUAAUGAGUUCAAAAGUGACGAGAUGCACUUGCCUCUAAAGUCAUUUUUGCAUUUCAAUCCUGUAUCAAAAAGUCAUCAGUCCAAUUCAACAAAUGUGCCCCUUCACAAAUUGGAUAGAAACAAGGUGCAGCUAUUCAUAAACCAGGCCUUUGGCACACCGUUACAUGAUUCCCCAGUGGCAUCACUGGAUUCUGCCUCAUCUGAUGAAUCUGCUCCAACAACACCUGAUGAAAUGAAUCCCCCUGACAUUCAGAACGAAGCAGGAGGAUCAAGAAAGACAGAUGAUGGAAAAGUUACAGCGUCAUGUCAACAAAGGGACACACUUGGAGAAAAUUCUCUGGGAAGACGUCAAGAUCUGACUAAAUUGACUGAGGAGAGAAAAGUCUAUGUGAGACGGGUGUCUAGUCGUGUGUUCAACACUCGACAGCGACUUUCUUCCCAACCGUUCUCACAUCUGUUCCAUUGCAUUAUGCUUAUUGGACUUAAUUUGGAUGGCGAUAAAAAAACUAAAGUUCCUUAUAUAAAGUCUAAAUAUCCUGUGAACGCUUCAGUCCCUCCACUAAUAGAACACCUAUGUUUUCCCGACGCGGCUGAUUGGCCUCCAAGAUCUUCUGCGGAGAAUGCUUAUUGUGAUGAGCAAAGCUAUUCCUUAGUAAUUACAAAUGAAAUAGGAGACCAUAUGUUUGGCUAUUGCCGCAGAGUCAUGCCAGAAGGCAUGGACAUAUGUCUACCAUUGGCAUACUGUAUUUUAAGUCCAUAUCGUGCAAAAGGAUUUUAUUUUAAGAUUUUGUCAGAAUUAGAAUCUCAGCAUGGCCAACCUGAAUGGCUCCAGAAAACUUUUAUCAAACAAUUGUAUGCUUGUGAGUUUCCAAAUCCCGGACAAACGCUGAAACUGACUAAUUUGCUCGACAAUGUUCCAGACAGUGUGGAGGCUUCUUUGAGAUCACUUGCAAAUCAGUUGAGGAGGCCACUUGACUCUCGCUUGGAGGAACAUGAUUUGACCCUGCUCUUUUCUACGCUUCCUGUGCCAAUUCUUCUGCAAGUGUUUGGAUCACUUCUCUUGGAACGAAAAGUUUUAUUUAUCAGUAAUUCUUUGAGUAAAUUGUCAUCAUGCAUUGAAGCAUUACAUGCUAUACUCUACCCAUUUUCAUGGCAUUACACAUUCAUACCUGUUCUUCCUUCUGCUCACAUUGGAGUUUGUGAAGCACCAACCCCAUUCAUUAUUGGUGUCUUGAAGGAUAAGGUGGGAAAGGCUUUGACUGUAUCUCUGGAAGAGGGAAUCAUUGUGGACCUAGAUGAUCCUAAAAUUGUGCAAAGUGUGGGUGAUGAAAGUACCAUUCUGCCAUCUCGUCUUAAGAAAUGUUUGAAAAUGGCUUUACAAUUUGCUGAAAAUACUACUCAAAAAAUGGAACCAGCCAGAAAUGUUAUGAUAUCUGAAGCCUUUAUUAGAAUGUUUGUAGAAAUUUGUGGUCAUUAUGCAAAUCAUGUUGUUACACAGCAAGAUGGAAAGAAAGUAUUUGAGAGAGAAUCUUUCAUCAAGGCUGUACCACUGCACUCUGUUCAGUUAUUUUUGGAAUGGUUUUCAGAAACUGCAAUGUUCUCCUCUUUUGUGGAGAGUCGUUUAAAUGAAGGGGCAGAAACUAAAGGUUUAUUUGAACAAAGAGCAUUGGAACAUACUGAAGAGAUGGAUAAAAAUACUAUGCUGUUACACCGUAAUUAUAAAGCUAUUAACAGGAAAGUUAAAAGUUUUGGUGACCGGCUCAAGGAUUGGGCUCCUUUCAGUUAGAUUUGGAGAUCAAGUUGGCAAUAAUUUAAAUAGCAUUUGAAGAUAAUUAGGUGCCAUUGCAAAGCUAUUUAUUUUUUGUUCUCAUAUUUAUACCUUUAACAAAGUAGAUUAUUUUAAAACCUUUAGGUUUUGUUUGUGUGUGUAUGUGUGUGUAUGAAAGAGUAUACAUUAUGCAUAUAAUUUCCUGUGAAGGCAAUAAAAAAAACUGAAUGUGAGGAAAAGAAACUAUUUUAUUUAAACAAUUGUACAUGUUUUGUUCGGAGUUAUGAGGAUAGCUCAUAACACUUUGUCAUAUUAUACUUAUCUGUGAUUUUACAGAAUCAAAGAGUUUUAAAGAUCUGUGCCUUCAAUAGUCUUACUAAUGUUUAACAUUUUAAUAUGAAUAUUUCUCACAACAAUGAAUUAAAUUAAUCUCAACUCUAAAACGUGUUGAUGGUGCAUUUGAAAAGUAAGGUUGAUAGAUUGUGAAAAUGAGCCCAUUUGAUCAUAUACUAAUAAUCAGAUAAGCAUAGAUUCAUUGAGCAUCUUGAAGCAAGUGGUCUUCACUAGUUGGAAGUUGGUUAACACUUCAUGAUACUGGAUUAAAAUGGCUGUGAAAGUAAAGUAUCAUAUUGCAUUAAUAACUGUGGCAAAUAAAAUUAAGAAAAUGGGACAGGGACUUUCAACUCCCAUAUAAACUGGUAGAGACAAUUACAAUGACACCUUCUACUCUUCAUCUUGCAGGAAUUAAGUCUUAAACGCUGUGAACUAAGUUUCUUCCAUACUUUUCCCAUAAAAGGCGUCAGAUUUUUAGUGUGCCAAGUUGGCAAGCAUAAACUAUAGCUAUAGCUGUAUCUGACAAUACUAGCGUGCCUUAUUCUUGCACCCUAUAGUUGUGUCCCCAGUUUCAACGGAGUUGAAAGGCCCCACAGUUCAAAGUCAGUGUAUUGUUUUGUUCUUCUCUCUUCCAUUAUGUAAUGGCAUAUUGACCUCUAUUUUGGAUGCAUUGGAAUGCAUCAUGUUUUUAUCUACAAAUUAAUAAAAUUAUUAUUUUUACAUAUCAUUAAGUGUAAGUGAAGUUAAUAAUAUGAAAAAUGCUCUAAAUUUGUUUGUUGUCUUGUCAAACUUGAAACAGGAAACCAAUUCUCUUUCAUAAAAAGAGAUCCUUUCUUUACCUUACUGUUCAUACAUAGUUCAUAUCAUAUAUGAUUUCAUAUGUAUUCCUGGAGUAAGGUCGUCUUUUAGACUAUCAUUUCCUGAUAACUGGUACCUUUGCACAUCAGUAAAAAUGUAAAUGAGUUUUUUUUUGCAUUCAUUUAAAUUAAUCUGUACAAUUUUUCUUCAAAUUUUCAAUGUGAAAUGAUUGAUGAACUUAAACAUGUAUAUUGCAUUUCUUUCCAAUGGUCAAUUGAAUUUUUUGACUACCUACUGGUCUUUGGAAAAAAAUGUUUUAGGUCCUGACUAUGAGAUAUAAGAAACAAAAUACUUCUGAAGAAUGUUGCUCUUUCUUCAGAAUGUAAUACAUUACAUUCUUUGCAAUAAAAUAAAGUUUGACAUAUGUUUUUUAGCAAAGGUAAAAUGUUUUCAACAAAUGUUUAAGUCAGUUUAAAACUAGAGGAUUAAUUCAAUAUAUUAAGACAUUGAAUUAUAUAUAGUUAUUAUGGUUGAAGACUUUUCUUGACAUAUGUUAUUGUAAUAAAUUUUUAUUUUUAUAUUGGAGGAUUGAAUCUCUUCAUAUAUUGAAGAUUUUUUUUCUCAUUAAUUAUUUAUUUUGUACGGUUGUAUAUAUGUUUGUGUGAAUGGAAAGCAGUGUCCCAAGAUCUUUUUUCUUUUUUUUUUUUGAACUUAUAUUUUUAACUUUUACUUACUCUUAAGUGAAUUGUACAAUGUGGAUUAUUCUUGGGUAGACUUGAAGACUAUCAUGUACUGUAUAUUUUUUUUUAUAAUCGUGUAUUAUAGUUUUACUCAAAGUGUGUUUUAAUCAGUAUUAUAUUAUGUUUUAAAAUGAUUUUGGAGACACCAGAAUGAAUGUGAAAGAAAAAUGAAUGCACGAAUCUCAAAUCUUUACUCUUGUUUUACAUUGUAAUCAGUAUCUUUCCAUUUAAUGAGUCCAUUCUGAAAUAUUUAUAAUUCAUUUCAUUCCAUGUGUGCAUUUAUUUUUGAAUUGAUGACUUGUCUUUCAACUUUUAAACACAUGGUUGGGAUGAAAGAUUAAACAAUAUGUACAUAUUUUUUGCUGCCAAAUAACUUAUUUCAUGUUAUUCUAAUGUGUUGCUCUGUAUUAUUUCAUAACAAGCUGUGGUGUGGGGAGUGAAAUGUAUAUCAAAAUGAUUGGAGCCAGAAUAUAUAAAUAUUUUUUUUAUUUAACAGGGCAUUAUUUACAGCACAUGGUUUUACAAAAAAAUGCUGUUAAUAUUUGUUCAGUUUUUGUCAUCAAAUAUCUUCAGUAUGGUAAGAGUUCAUAGCUUAGCAUUUUGUUGUUCACAAUGUUUCAAUUUAAAUCCUUUUUAGAAUGUUUACUUUUGUUAAUUUGUAUAAGAAAGUAUGCCAAUAUAGAAAUUAGUUGUCUUUAAAGUGCCUCUAAAGAGAUUUUGAAGUUAAGAAACCAUAUGAAAAAGAGGGUGUGCCAUGGUAUUACUUGUGUUAUCUCGGUCUACAAGAGAUGUUGAAGGUGAUGAACUGAUCUUUUAUUGUGUUUUUCCCCAUGUCUUUUAUUUUUUUCUUUUCUUAGCAUUGUUGCAUUUCAAAUAUAAUUUAGUCAUGUUUCUAGUAGGUACUGAUUUAUUUUUGUCUCUCAAGACUCUACUAUAGUGACAUUGUUAACAGAAAUCUCAAGUAAUUCUCAUUCAUAGGUGCUCUUAUAGUAAAAAAAUUUCAGCUAAUGAAAUUUAAUGUAACUGCAUUUUCAUAUAUAGUUAUGAAAGUUUGUGUAGCUGCAACUUAGAUGAUAAAACAUGCAGUAAUGUGUGGUAAUUGAUUUGGCUCAUUAUCAAAGAUGUAAACAUGCAUGAAACAAUAGUUUUUUACAAAUUAAAUGAUACUUGUUGAGUAGGCACUAUCAGAGCAUGUUAACUGAACCUCUGAUAGGAGUAAAAUAUAGCUUUAGAAGAUUUUGCACCAAUUUUUAUGACUUAUUGUAUAGUGGAAUUGGAAUGCUUUGGAAAUUGUGAAGAUUUGUUUUGGGUCUAUUUGUGAGAGAUGCAAAUAAUCAAAUUUAAAGUAUUGAGAAAUUGUGUCGUAAUUGAGUCUUAAAAUUACAGUGCAUGUUAAUUUUUUGGUUUUUGGAGUAAUUACAAUUUCUGAAGUCUUGAAGCAUCCAGUAUAUUUUGAAACUUGUAAACCAAAGAAAAUUUAUUUUGUGUAUUAUAAUCUCUAUGAAUACCUUCAUUUGUUUGUUUGGUGAAAAAAUACAAUUUUUUCCCCGAGGCUUAACUGAGUAUCCCAUUUCUUACCUUCGAAAUGAAAAGCUUGCUAGGCUUGUCUUUUUUUUUUAAUUUUUUUUAAGAUAAGCAUUUAUGUUCUAAUAACAAAAAGUCGCUGAUUGUGUUUAAACAAAUCAUGCCAAACUGCAAAUCUUUCAUUUUUGUGGACUGUUUGACUUCCUAUGGAGAAAACAAUUUUAUAUACAAACUUUUGUUGAUAGUUUUGCAAUAAAUAUGUAUACUUUCAACUACUUAUUUAAAUUUACUUUUCUCUUUUUGAAAAGAAGUGCCUCAUAAUCUAGCAUCGAAGAAAAUACUUUUAUGCCAUUGAAGAGACUAAUGUUUUGGCAUAGGGUGAAAAAGAUUGUUCUUACUAACAUUUGUUAUUGUAUUUUAUGUAGCAAAAUUUGUUGCUACAGUAUAACCAUUAUAUUGUUAUACAGCAUAUUUUUAUGGUUUUGUUGAUAUUCAACUAUGCAAUAAAUAUGUGAAAAAAAA